AAGAGGUUGGAAAUGAAAGAAUGAAUGAAUUACAGCCUUGGUUUCUUCUUUUACUCUUCCUCUCUCUCCUCCUCUUCCAUCACCAACCAAAACCACUUUCUCUCUCUACAUCUCCAUUGCAUUACUCUCUCCCUCUCUCUAGCCAUUUGUCUUUCUUCUCGCCAUGGAACUUGACAAGCGUCCUUUAUAUUCACCACCAUGACUCUCUUUCUCUCUCUAUAUCUCUCUCUCUCUCUCUACUGUUGUAAUGUAAUGCAACUCCUCUGAGCUUCAUUCUCACACCUCACUUCUAUUUCGCUUACACUUCUCUUCUCUUUCUCUUCAUUUCAGUGUCUAUCUCUGUAAUCUCUGUAUCUCUUUUCAUUCUUCCAAUUCCAAUUUUCAGAUCUCAAUCUCAAUCUCUCUCUCUCUCUCUCUCUCUCUCUCUAUAUAUAUAUAUAUCUUCAUUAUCGUCAUCGUGGGAUUGAAGUUUGAAUGCUCUGUGAAAACCACUGCGAUUGAAUAUCAGUAUUAUUUGAAAGCUAAUUCUGAACCUAGAGAGAGAGAGAGAGAUGUUGGAUCUCAACGUUGAUGUGGUUACGGAAGAAUCAACUUGCGAUGAGCUCGAGAAGAAGAAGAUCGCGACGAGGAAGCUUCUGGAAGGUGAUGAUUCAGUAACUUCGAAUUCCUCCGUUGUAGUCAACGCUGACGAAGCUCCGAACAAUGCUGCGGACGAAGACUCCAACUCUAACAUGAUCUCUCCGUUCAAUUUCGAUGUGUUCAGUAGAGGCAAAGGUUUUGGAGUUGGUAACAUCGUCGCAAUCGGAGACGAAUGUGACCGAAACUUGGCGCCGCUGCUGGUUACGAGGCAGCUUUUUCCUGUCGGUGAUUCGGAGGAGAUUGGCUCUGGAUCGUCGUCGUCGGCGACCUCGUUGUUGAGGCCGCAGUGGUUGAAUCUCUCGUUUCCGGACUCUGGAGCUGCGGCCGGCUUGAAAGCUGAAAAGAAGCCGCAGCCGCAGCAGCAGCCGGUGAAGAAGAGUCGGCGGGGGCCUAGGUCUCGGAGCUCGCAAUAUCGUGGUGUUACGUUUUAUCGAAGAACUGGAAGAUGGGAAUCACAUAUCUGGGAUUGUGGGAAACAAGUGUAUCUGGGUGGAUUUGACACUGCCCAUGCUGCCGCUAGAGCAUAUGAUCGGGCUGCGAUUAAGUUUAGGGGAGUUGAGGCCGAUAUCAAUUUCACUAUAAAGGAUUACGAGGACGAUAUGAAAGAGAUGACAAACCUGACUAAAGAGGAAUUUGUCCAUAUUCUUCGUCGCCAAAGCACCGGAUUCUCUCGGGGGAGUUCGAAAUAUAGAGGAGUGACCCUGCAUAAAUGUGGUCGAUGGGAGGCUCGAAUGGGACAAUUCCUUGGGAAGAAGUAUAUGUAUCUUGGGUUAUUCGACAGUGAAGUAGAAGCUGCAAGGGCUUAUGACAAAGCAGCAAUCAAAUGUAACGGAAGGGAAGCAGUCACCAACUUUGAGCCUAGUACCUAUGAAGGGGAGAUGAUAAGUACGGAUGCCAAUAAUGCAGAUGGAGGCACAUCUCAGAAUCUUGAUUUGAACCUCUGGAUUUUUCCACCUGCAGACGUUCCAAAGGGUAAUGUCAAUGUCAGAGAUAUCCAAUCACAUUGUGCUGCUUGUGAAAUGCCUGAUGGAAAAAGGCCAAAGGUUGAGAGCUCUAUUUCUACUCCUACGGAUGGACAAAACACCCGUGGUCUAACAAUGGCAUCCAAGCACCCUCCAAUACGGUCUGGCAUCUAUCCCAGUUUCACACCAAACUAUGAGGAAAGAGCAAUAGGGAAGUCCACUGAAGCCCUUCCUUCGCUGGCAUUCUCAAACUGGGCAUGGCAAAUGCAUAGCCACAGUGUGGUUAGCCCAGUGGCACCAUUCUCUACUGCAGCAUCAUCAGGAUUCUCUUCUCCCAACAGUACAGCCGCUUUGCCAGCUACCUUUCCACCGCAAAACAAGACGGCGCACAAGCUCUACAUUCCAACACCCACCACCAACAUUUCCCAUUUCUACAAUCACUAGAGCUGAAGCAAGCUCCUGGCUUCAAUAAUUUGUUUGCACAAUUCUCUUUGGAAGGUCAGUUGGGCCGGUAAUUAAGCUACAAAAUUUAUGAUGAGUGUCAAAAUUUGAUUUCUGUUUUAGUGUGUAACAUACACAUAUAAUAUGAUGUAUAGUUUGAUAUUUAUACCUUGAAGGACUUGCUCUGCUAUAAUUGUGGUAUCAUCACCAUUCUCUCCUAGGAGGCUUUCAUUUUUCACCAAUAAGAGAAGAUUGUAUCUUCACAUAA